AAGCGACCACACGCCGAUAAAACCGCUCCACCCACUCUCCGCUCUCCCCCUCCUCCACCGUCGCCUCUCCACUUUCCCCAUCCUUCGCCGCCGUCGCGGUCGCCUCGCAGUCCGAAGAGCCUCCGACUCCGAUGGCCAGCCGCUGGGUCCGACCCGAGGUGUACCCGCUGUUCGCGGCGAUGGGCGUGGCCGUCGGCAUAUGCGGAUUUCAGCUCUUCCGGAACAUCACCGGCAACCCGGAAGUCAGGGUAAACAAGGCAGGGAGGGCAGCUGGUGUGCUUGAGAACCAUGAGGAGGGGAGGCGGUACGCAAUGCACAGCCUCAGAAGCUUUGUGCAUGACAAGACCCCUGAAAUCAUGCCUUCGAUAAACAAGUUCUUCACUGAGCCAAAGUGAAGCGAUUUGCUUGGGUGCUGCUGCCGGAGUCGCUAUUGUCGAGUGUACCCAUUUAAGGCAUUCAAUAUGUCAUGUCAUCCAUAAAUUGGAGGACAUCAGAUACCUCUUAUUAAAAGUACCGUGUGAGUGAUUGGUGAUGGCUUGCUAUGUGUAUGAUAUGGUUCGAGUGUUGCAUCACCCUGUUUGAUGUUCAUGCUCAUCUGUCAUGUGGAUUUGCUGUGCCUCAGUGAUAAAUUGUCAGCCAACGUUCAUUUGGUUACUGCUACCGAUGUUUUGUGAUGUUCGUUC